AUGGCCUCCUGUUGUCACAGUGCCUCACCUGCUGACAGCAGUGCCUCGCCUGCUGACAGCAGUGCCUCACCUGCUGACAGCAGUGCCUCACCUGCUGACAGCAGUGCCUCGCCUGCUGACAGCAGUGCCUCACCUGCUGACAGCAGUGCCUCACCUGCUGACAGCAGUGCCUCACCUGCUGACAGCAGUGCCUCACCUGCUGACAGCAGUGCCUCACCUGCUGACAGCAGUGCCUCACCUGCUGACAGCAGUGCCUCACCUGCUGACAGCAGUGCCUCACCUGCUGACAGCAGUGCCUCACCUGCUGACAGCAGUGCCUCACCUGCUGACAGCAGUGCCUCACCUGCUGACAGCAGUGCCUCACCUGCUGACAACAGUGCCUCACCUGCUGACAGCAGUGCCUCACCUGCUGACAACAGUGCCUCACCUGCUGACAGCAGUGCCUCACCUGCUGACAACAGUGCCUCACCUGCUGACAACAGUGCCUCACCUGCUGACAGCAGUGCCUCACCUGCUGACAACAGUGCCUCACCUGCUGACAACAGUGCCUCACCUGCUGACAGCAGUGCCUCACCUGCUGACAGCAGUGCCUCACCUGCUGACAGCAGUGCCUCACCUGCUGACAGCAGUGCCUCACCUGCUGACAACAGUGCCUCACCUGCUGACAGCAGUGCCUCACCUGCUGACAGCAGUGCCUCACCUGCUGACAGCAGUGCCUCACCUGCUGACAGCAGUGCCUCACCUGCUGACAGCAGUGCCUCACCAGCUGACAGCAGUGCCUCACCUGCUGACAACAGUGCCUCACCUGCUGACAGCAGUGCCUCACCUGCUGACAGCAGUGCCUCACCUGCUGACAGCAGUGCCUCACCUGCUGACAACAGUGCCUCACCUGCUGACAGCAGUGCCUCACCUGCUGACAGCAGUGCCUCACCUGCUGACAACAGUGCCUCACCAGCUGACAGCAGUGCCUCACCAGCUGACAGCAGUGCCUCACCUGCUGACAGCAGUGCCUCACCUGCUGACAGCAGUGCCUCACCUGCUGACAGCAGUGCCUCACCUGCUGACAGCAGUGCCUCACCAGCUGACAACAGUGCCUCACCUGCUGACAACAGUGCCUCACCUGCUGACAGCAGUGCCUCACCUGCUGACAGCAGUGCCUCACCUGCUGACAGCAGUGCCUCACCUGCUGACAGCAGUGCCUCACCUGCUGACAGCAGUGCCUCACCUGCUGACAACAGUGCCUCACCUGCUGACAACAGUGCCUCACCUGCUGACAGCAGUGCCUCACCUGCUGACAACAGUGCCUCACCUGCUGACAACAGUGCCUCACCUGCUGACAGCAGUGCCUCACCUGCUGACAACAGUGCCUCACCUGCUGACAACAGUGCCUCACCUGCUGACAACAGUGCCUCACCUGCUGACAACAGUGCCUCACCUGCUGACAACAGUGCCUCACCUGCUGACAACAGUGCCUCACCUGCUGACAGCAGUGCCUCACCUGCUGACAGCAGUGCCUCACCUGCUGACAACAGUGCCUCACCUGCUGACAACAGUGCCUCACCUGCUGACAACAGUGCCUCACCUGCUGACAGCAGUGCCUCACCUGCUGACAACAGUGCCUCACCUGCUGACAGCAGUGCCUCACCUGCUGACAACAGUGCCUCACCUGCUGACAGCAGUGCCUCACCUGCUGACAGCAGUGCCUCACCUGCUGACAACAGUGCCUCACCUGCUGACAACAGUGCCUCACCUGCUGACAGCAGUGCCUCACCUGCUGACAACAGUGCCUCACCUGCUGACAACAGUGCCUCACCUGCUGACAACAGUGCCUCACCUGCUGACAGCAGUGCCUCACCUGCUGACAACAGUGCCUCACCUGCUGACAACAGUGCCUCACCUGCUGACAGCAGUGCCUCACCUGCUGACAACAGUGCCUCACCUGCUGACAACAGUGCCUCACCUGCUGACAGCAGUGCCUCACCUGCUGACAGCAGUGCCUCACCUGCUGACAACAGUGCCUCACCUGCUGACAACAGUGCCUCACCUGCUGACAACAGUGCCUCACCUGCUGACAACAGUGCCUCACCUGCUGACAACAGUGCCUCACCUGCUGACAGCAGUGCCUCACCUGCUGACAACAGUGCCUCACCUGCUGACAGCAGUGCCUCACCUGCUGACAACAGUGCCUCACCUGCUGACAGCAGUGCCUCACCUGCUGACAACAGUGCCUCACCUGCUGACAGCAGUGCCUCACCUGCUGACAGCAGUGCCUCACCUGCUGACAACAGUGCCUCACCUGCUGACAACAGUGCCUCACCUGCUGACAACAGUGCCUCACCUGGCGGCAGCUCUAGUCUCCUUACAACAAUUUCUCCUCUUGUUAACAAAAUAUUUCCCGGGGGACAAUUUCUUACCUGCCAACAAGAGACUUUUCUUGUGUUACUCUAUUAA